AUGCAAUGCCGCGGCCCACACGCAGCCUGGCACGCCUUGGAGGCUUUGUCCUUAAAGGGGGGAGUCACUGCCGAGGUGGAGGCAAGAUGGGUUGACUCGACAACGGCUGCCGGAGCAGCUGCCCGUGCCAUUCAGCUCCUGGUCUCAACGGGACAGUCAUGGAAGGAUUUCAACAGCACGGACUUUCAGAAGACCGCCCUCUUAAAAGCAGGGGACCGACCCGAGGCUUCUCGGCUGUCGAAGGCGAUCGGUGGCGAAAUCCAUAAGCAUGGUGCCGUCUCCAUACAUGUGUUUGCCGAGAAUAUCAAGAGCGUGCACGAGACGCUCAAGUCCAUCGCAUCAGUGCCAUCGCAGCUUCAGUCUGCUGGCAGGCGCGUCGUCUUCGUACCCAGUCUUGGCUGGGCAUCAGGGCCGGAUGGGCAAAAAUCUCGCCGGUCCUUGCGCAUCUACGCCAAGAGCUCUCCAUCUGUGGUUGGGCUGAAUGAGUUGGAAUUGGACAGCCUCGAGGUGCCACAGUUUCUAGCAGCACCUGAUGUUGUGUUUGGCUCUCAGAGGCGCUGGCUUGCGGCCUCGCCGGCAGCGGCAGCGCAGCUUGGCCCUGCAUCGGUCAUUUGCUUGCGGGCGAUGAGGUGCAAGAUUGAUUCAUGCCUGCUCGGAUCUGCUCAGACAGGCGUUGGCGUCUUCAUUGUACUGGCCAAGCUUGGAAACGCUUUCUAUGGAGCGUUGGGAACGGACGGACCUGGGUCGGACCGCGGACCAUUGACGGUUGCCAAGGCGCUGUGGGAGCAAAGCCAAGGCAUGGGAGGCUUCGCGGCCUGCGAUCACUUGCAGUCUCUUUUCCAGCGGCGUCACGGCGGCAACAGCACUCCAAGCAUGCUCCAAGCAUGUGGCUAUCCCUUGAUGCUUUGCAGGCUGGGAACUCUGCUGGAGUUCUCGCAGCUGCAGGAGCUUGUGCUGGUUGAUCUCAGAUCCACCGAGGUUCUGACAGCAGCCUUGUCCGGCUCGUGUAGCAGGAGCUUGCGAGUCUGCAGGGCUUCUUUCAUAGGUCCAGAAAGCCGAAAGCAGCCCCUUACCUUGCCUCCGGCCGGCUUGCAGUCUCUUGAGUCCAGCGCCCAAGUUCUCCAUCCCAAGCUGGCCAGAAGUGAUAUCGAUUUUCGCACGUGCUUCGUGGUAAGGAUGCAGGCAGCCGUCUUGAACGGACUCAGCAGUUUGCCUAUUAGUGCUUGCGCUCAGUGGUAUCCGCGUCGACGGAAGCACUGCGGAGACGGCAGCUCUUCUGGAAGGUCUGCAGGCAUUGGGUGGUCUUGUGACCGUGGCUUUGCGCUUCUCCGCACCUUCGAUGCAGCAUGGAGCUUCAGGGAGCACGUUUGUGUCGCACGGAAUCAAAUUGAAUGCGAGAGGCAGACCACGGCGACUGGCGUGACCGUGUAUUCCGUGGUCCUACAACUAGUCGAAGUCUUCAUUGCUGAAGAUGCGUCAAUGCUGGCCACAGGUGGGGCACUUCGUUGUUGUCGAUCAAUCUUUGCAUGGCUUCGACUAUUGGCCUUGCGAAAGGAUGGAAUUUCGACAGCGCUACCCAGAAGGAUGGAUCCAAGGCAGCGAUCGUUCUGGGAGGAGGUGUCCGGCAAGCUGCCUUCGAUGCCUCACAGCGAGAUGACCCUGCGUGUGGCUCAUCUCUUCCCGAGCACCUACGAUGAGGGCACACACAAGCUGUGCUGA